UAAUACUGCAUUCUCUCCUCCAUUCCGCUACUCCGGAGAGGACCUUUCUGAAGUUUUUGCACUCCUUUUCAACGGACUUUUCCCACUACGUCGUUCCGCAGGGCCCUUAUCAAUCAAGCCUUCUAUCUUUAGAGCUCCCCAGGCUUAUCGGCUGCUCCCCACAUUUCUUUUCUUGGCCUCUCUUUUCCUUCUUUCGUUCCGCAAGUUCGUUCAUCUACUCUCUAUAAACCCAGACAAGGCACAGCCAUGGCUCCCGGCAUCAUAGAUCCGUUGAGUCCCGUAGCUGCGAUCGAUAAGCCUGUUUCGUUAUCCCAAAUCACUGAGACCUGGGACGACACGCUUCGUUUCUACCUUAAUGGCACCAAAGUUGUCCUGGAUUCUGUUCAUCCAGAGAUCACGCUUCUACAGUAUCUGCGAGGAAUAGGCCUGACGGGGACGAAAUUAGGCUGUGCAGAAGGUGGUUGCGGUGCUUGUACAGUUGUAGUUUCAUAUCUAAAUCCAACUACAAAACAGCUUUACCAUGCCUCUGUAAACGCUUGCCUUGCUCCCUUGAUCAGUGUGGAUGGUAAACAUGUCAUCACAAUUGAAGGUAUUGGGAAUGUGAAGAACCCUCACCCUGCACAGCAACGGAUCGCUGUUGCAAAUGGGAGUCAAUGCGGGUUCUGUACUCCUGGUAUUGUUAUGAGCCUAUACGCCCUUCUACGGAAUAACCCCACACCUUCUGAACACAUUGUGGAAGAGGCCUUUGAUGGAAACUUGUGUCGUUGCACUGGAUACAGACCUAUUCUAGAUGCUGCGCACACCUUCACAACUCCUCCCACAGGGUGCUGCAAAUCCAGUACAAAUGGUGGAACAGGCUGUUGUAUGGAGAAAACGGACAGUUCUGCUGGAUGUUGCAAGAACUCCACCGUAGCCAAUGUCGAGAACGGUGACAAUUUGCCAAAGUUUCCGUCCCCUCAAUUUGUACCCUACAAUCCUGAAACGGAGUUGAUCUUCCCCCCCGCCCUCAAAAAGCAGGAGCUUCGGCCGCUGGCCUUUGGAAACAAGAGGAAGAGAUGGUACAGACCUGUUACUCUGGACCAGCUGCUAAAAAUUAAAAGUGCGAACCCCUCUGCAAAACUCAUCGGUGGCAGUACAGAAACACAAAUCGAAGUCAAGUUUAAGGCCAUGCGAUACGCCGAUUCCGUUUACGUCGGGGACAUUCCAGAACUUCGUCAGUAUUCAUUCAAGGCUGACUACUUGGAGCUCGGAGCAAAUGUUUCCUUGACAGAUCUAGAAUCUAUCUGUGAUGAAGCACUCGAGCGCUACGGUCCCUCAAGAGGACAGCCCUUCAAAGCUAUAAAGAAACAACUUCGUUACUUUGCUGGAAGACAAAUUCGCAAUGUUGCUUCGCCGGCAGGGAACUUGGCCACCGCAUCACCGAUUUCAGAUCUGAACCCCGUACUUGUCGCUACUAAUACCGUGAUUCUUGCCAAAUCAUUGGGGAAAGAUACGAUGAUUCCAAUGAACGAAUUUUUUAAGGGCUAUAGGUCCACUGCCCUCCCUCCGGAUGCUGUUAUAGCAAGCUUGCAUAUCCCAGUUGCACAGGAAAAGGGUGAAUACGUCCGAGCGUAUAAGCAAUCAAAGAGAAAGGAUGAUGACAUUGCUAUUGUAAAUGCUGCUUUGCGCGUGGCACUGUCACCAUCGAGCGACGUAACAAGUGUCAACCUCAUUUUUGGCGGGCUGGCCCCGAUGACCGUAUCCGCAAAGAACGCAGAAGCCUAUUUGGUCGGCAAGAAAUUUACGAAUCCCGCAACUCUCGAGGGCACUAUGGGUGCGUUGGAGCAAGAUUUUGAUAUAAAAUUUGGAGUACCUGGGGGGAUGGCAACGUAUCGCAAGUCUCUUGCCUUAGGAUUCUUCUACCGGUUCUACCAUGAAGUGUUAUCUGAGAUUGAAGUCAAGAAUUCAGACAUCGAUGAGGAUGUAAUCGCUGAGAUCGAACGGGCGAUCUCUACGGGGAAAAGAGACCACAAAGCCUCAGUGGCUUACGAGAGUAACAUUCUGGGCAAGGCUAGUCCACACGUCGCGGCUCUGAAACAGGCCACUGGGGAGGCACAAUAUACCGACGACAUUCCCCCAGCUCGAAACGAGCUGUAUGGUUGUCUCGUUAUGUCGACGAAGGCUCACGCGAAAAUCCUCGGCGUUGAUGCAACCAAGGCAUUGGAUAUUCCAGGCGUAUAUGAUUUCGUGGACCACAAUGAUCUUCCCAAUCCCGAGGCCAACUGGUGGGGACAACCCAAUCCCGAUGAUGUUUUCUUUGCAGUCGACAAGGUCACCAGUGCCGGUCAGCCUAUUGGUAUGAUACUUGCCAAUUCCGCGAAUAUAGCUGAAGAAGGUGCAAGAGCUGUGAAAGUUGAGUACGAAGACUUGCAUCCAAUCCUCACUAUUGAGGAAGCGAUUGAAGCAGAUUCGUUCUUUGAGUACUGCCGUUUCAUCAAGAAUGGUGAUACUGAAGCUGCUUUCAAAGAUGCCGACUACGUAUUCACGGGAGAGUCAAGAAUAGGUGGCCAAGAACACUUCUAUCUGGAGACCCAGGCUUGCGUCGCCAUUCCGAAACCCGAAGACGGUGAGAUGGAGAUUUGGAGUGGUACUCAAAAUCCCACCGAAACCCAAACCUAUAUUGCCCAGGUUACUGGUGUCGCUGCGAAUAAGAUCGUUUCCCGAGUUAAGCGCCUUGGUGGUGGAUUCGGAGGUAAGGAAAGCAGGUCAGUCCAACUAGCUGGUAUCUGUGCAACUGCUGCCGCAAAGACCAGGCGCCCGGUUAGGUGCAUGCUUAAUCGCGAUGAAGACAUUGCUGUCUCCGGCCAGCGUCAUCCUUUCCUCUGCCGCUGGAAGGUCGGUGUGACGAAGAAGGGGAAGCUUCUCGCCCUUGACGCCGAUAUCUUUGCAAACGGAGGCCAUACACAGGAUCUUUCCGGUGCAGUGCUGGAAAGAGCAUUGUCACACAUCGACAACGUGUACAAUAUUCCUAACGUCAACGUCCGUGGCCGUAUAUGCAAGACGAAUACAGUUUCGAACACUGCGUUCCGAGGCUUUGGAGGUCCCCAGGGUCUGUUCUUUGCCGAAUGCUAUAUCUCCGAAAUUGCAGAUCAUCUUGACAUACCGGUCGAGGAACUCCGCAUGAUGAAUAUGUACAAACCUGAUGAGAAGACUCAUUUCAAACAAGAACUCAAGGAUUGGCACGUUCCGUUGAUGUACAACCAAGUCCUUGAAGAGAGCUCGUAUAAGGAGCGUCGCAAGGCCGUCGAAGAAUACAAUAAGACACACAAAUGGUCCAAGCGAGGAAUGGCAAUUGUCCCGACGAAAUUUGGCAUCUCCUUCACUGCCGUCUUUCUCAACCAGGCGGGAGCUCUUGUUCACAUCUACCACGAUGGAAGUGUCCUGGUCGCCCACGGCGGUGUCGAAAUGGGGCAGGGUCUGCAUACUAAGAUGACCAUGAUUGCGGCAGAGGCGCUCAAGGUUCCACAGUCCAGUGUCUUCAUUGCUGAAACUGCCACCAACACAGUCGCGAACACUUCACCAACGGCGGCAUCAGCAAGCUCCGAUCUCAACGGCUACGCCAUCUUCAACGCCUGCCAGCAGCUCAACGAGCGCCUCCAGACCUACCGCGAGAAAAUGCCCAAUGCCACCAUGAAGGAACUCGCACACGCGGCCUACUUCGAUCGUGUCAACCUCUCUGCCCAGGGCUACUAUCGCACUCCGGACAUUGGGUAUGUAUGGGGCGAAAACAAGGGUCAGAUGUUCUUCUACUUCACACAGGGCGUGACGGCAGCAGAGGUCCAAAUCGACACAUUAACCGGUGAUUGGACACCUUUGCGCGCUGAUAUCAAGAUGGAUGUCGGCCGCUCCAUCAACCCUGACCUGGACUACGGACAGAUCGAGGGUGCGUUUGUCCAAGGCCAGGGUCUUUUCACCACUGAGGAAAGCCUCUGGCACCGCGCUUCUGGCCAGAUCGCCACAAAGGGACCGGGAAAUUAUAAGAUCCCGGGUUUCCGGGACAUCCCUCAAGUAUUCAACGUCAGCCUUCUCAAAGACGUUGAGUGGGAGAACCUUCGCACUAUCCAACGCUCUCGAGGCGUCGGCGAACCACCAUUGUUCAUGGGAAGUGCUGUCUUCUUUGCUAUUCGAGACGCUUUGAAGGCUGCUAGAGCACAGUGGGGUGUCAAGGAUGUGCUCAGCCUGCGCAGUCCCGCCACACCGGAGAGGAUCCGUGUCAGUUGUGCUGAUCCCAUUAUUGAGAGGGUGAGGGUUCAUCCUCGGGAUGGGGAGGAGAGUUUCUUUGCAUCUAUUUGAUACCGAGGUUUUUCCCCUUAUGGGAUGGUUCGUGUCAAGGUAUAUAUGGAGGGUACGUAGGUAGCAUCUGUACGAUGCUAUGCAGCGUUUCUAGGGACGAUAUAUAUUUGUUUCCCUUGUUGGUAUGCAAGGGCUUAGGAUACCAAGUUUGCUUAGAUGUGUUUUAUUUCCCAGUAAAUAUACAUACGUUUUUCAUUUUCUUGAGAUAAUUAUGCGGACUCAAAUCUGGUUAAUUAAUCUUCUAGGUCGCUACGAGGUUAGGCUUUGUUACAAUUCAAUUGGAGGAAGCAUCAUAUAUCAAAUAAAGCUCCAAGCAAU